CCGGAUUUUGUCCCGUUACUGUACGGACACGGAUUGCAAUCCGUGAUGUACUGUAACCGUCGGAUGGGCAGUUACUUUGAUCCAAAGGUUGGGGUUCAUGUAGGGGUUGAUGUAGGGGUAUGUAGGGUUAAAUAAAUGGGCACCGGCUACUUUUUUGAAAUUUAAAUUUAUUAAAAAAUGGAAAAGUGAACAGUUACAUCCAUCAAUCAAGUCCUAUCAACCUAUCAACCGUCGUCCCUCUCCACUAUACCAUUUCAUUGUUAUUUUUAUUUUGUUGUUUAUUUUGUUUCAUUUCCAUUUUCGUCUCUGCUAGGGCAAAAACAAAGUUCUUUCAUUUCCAUUUUCUUUUUCAUUUUCCAUUUUGUUUUUCCAUUUUCCAUUUUCAUUUGAGUUGGUGAAACCCAUACUGUACAUUUUGUUCACUGUGGUGUACAUUACUCGAAGUCUGCCAUUGUUGGAGUUGUUAUAGGGAGUGUCAACGGUGGGUUUUACACUUUGUCCGUUCUACUUUACAUACUUUUCACAGAAAAAAAAUACAUUUUUCAAGCGAACGUGGUGUUUUUGCAUUUUCGUGUACUUAAUAUCUUCCAUUUUGUCUCAGGUGUGGAGGGUGAGGUGUUGCAAGGAUUGUGCAUUUCUGUGUGGAGGUAUUACUUUCUCUAUCUCUCUCUAUCUCUUUCUCUCUGGUUUUGUGUUGAAUGGAGUUUGUAUUUCUUUCUCUCUGUCUCCCCCCGUGCAUGUGCUUGGUUGUUAGUGUGGAAUGUACUGUAAAUUGUUUUGAGUUUUUCGUUUUAGUUUUUUAUGAAUAUAUGAUUCGGUAUUUCUAUUUAAAGUGGAAUGCACUGUAAUUUAGGGGUUUUGAUUUAGGUAUUUUGAUUUCGGUAUUUGUGAAAUGUGUUAGUUGACUUGUUUGGAUUUUGAAUAUUUGGGGAUUGGAUAAAUGGAGAUUUUUUGAGCAAUAUGACAAAACUCAUUUCAAUUUAAAAAUCUGAACCCAAUAAAACAAAAAUAGUUGUAUUGUUAUUAUUAUUAUGGCCUUAUGUAUAGGUAUUAGAGAAAAAGAUGUUAUCUUUUUCAGUUAUGUGUACGGUGAAGACUAAAGAUAUAAAUGUAUCAUAUGUUUUUGAGCAACACCCCAAAAAUAUAAUUCACAAGUUCUAUAAUAUUAGGUUGGAUAUUGUUUUAGUGAUCUUAUCAUUAUGUAACUGAUUUUGCUUUCUUUCUUGUUUUUGGGAUAAAAUAUGAAAACAUCAAGUAUUUGUAAGUAUGGUACCAAUUUUAGAGGCACUAAACUUAUUGGUACUGAGCAUAAUGUCAUACAAUUUAAAUAUCCUAAUAGAAAUAGGAGAUAUUAUCAAACCAAACAAGUUGUGUAUUGAAUUAAAAACUUAACACAGAUAAAUUAGGAGUACUAUUAAAAAUUCGGAUAAGAAUAAUUUAAAAAAAUAUAUGUUUUAAAUUUUGUAAAGAUAUUUGUACUAUAGAAAAUAAAAUUUUCGUACAUUUUUGAGACCUUAUGAAAUUAAAACCCUUUCGAAAUUUUUUCACUUAUGCAGAUAGAAUUCAUCUUAUAAAAUAGUAUCAAAAGAAAGCUAUUUUGUAAAGUAAUAUAAGUGGACAAGGUUUAGAAGUCCCAUUUUGCAACCCCAUCAAAGCUUAAUGUUCAUACUUGAGGAAGUGUAAUAAGACAUUAGUAAGUACUCUAGUUAGCAAGUAAAACAUUAGUUGCAUUCUCCUUUGAAGAAUUAUGGAGUUUUUGACUAUGUUAGGUAUAGGGAAAAAAUGUGGAAGGGAUAGAAAAUAAGUUUAAAAAAUUGUGGUAGAUCCUUAUUAUUUAUUCUUCUCAGUGUAUAUUUUCAUGUUCCUUCUGCAUCUACACUGAGAUGCCUACAAUAAAAUCUUAAUAUAAUUGUUUCUAUAUUUUAUAUUACAUAUGUUGGCAUCAUUGUAUGUUAAAAGUGAAUACUGUAUAACUGACUUUGCUGGGAUGGUAUUGUAAUAGUAAAUUAUCUUACGAAAAUAUGAUAACUUGGAAGCAAAGGGAGACUAUUUUGCAACAAGAUGAGUGAUUUUUAUUGUUAUUAUUACUUGUUUAUUUUAUUAAUUGUUUGUGAACUGCUGUACUUUGCGGUUUUUUUGUUCCAAUCAGUAACUGGAGUUGUUGGUUUGGUACAACCCACUCGAUUUUGGGAAAUUGACAUUGCUUUUAAUUGAAUUUUAAUCUUAUUUGAAUUUUCCUUUUGGGAAAUUAGAAUUAUAACAAAACUAACAAUUUACAGAAUCCAUUAUUUAGGCAUAUUGGUACAUUGUACUUAACAGUUUCCAUGUAAUACAUAUUAUGAAAUUAUGUUAUAUGGGAAGAGAUGCUUACCUGUUAUUGUACACAUAUAGAAAAUUAAGUGUCGGGAUGUCAUGAAUACACUGAAAUGUUAGACAAUUGCAUGAAUUAUUCAAAGUCUUUGUCUUCCAAUAUUUUAGUGUUUUGAAUGUUUGUUAAUUUAAGUUAUUUUGUCUUGUGUAAUAGGUUUAUAAAAUGGUAUUUAAACGGAAGAGGGGGGCUGCUGCAGACAAAAAGGAUGCAGCAGAGAUAAAGAAGAAGGAUCCGAAGGAAGCUUGGCCGAAGUACUAGUGAGUUAUUUGUGGCAGUUAUUUUAGUGGUAAUAUUUUUUGGUUUUGAAAAUAAUAUUUAUAAUUCCAUUCCUUUAUUUAAUUGAUGCAGCCAAGCCAAUUUCUAUGCUUAUGCUGAUGCACACAAAGAGAAACCUAAAGCAGAUGUGAGUGACUUGGACUGUGUUAUGGAUCUUUUAUUUUUUAUCUUUGAUUUAGCGUACUUUUGUUAAUAAUCGAGUCUUAAUAUUGCAGGUGCUUCGUAGUUUUAAGGAGCAAUUCAAGCUUCUUAGCGAUGAAGAGAUUGACAAUUGGGCUGCAUACGAAGUCGAGGCUUCCCCCGCCAAGGUUGGUGGUAGAGGGAAAGGGAAGAAGGUGAAGGAGACAUUAUCUGCUGAGCCAGGGAUUGACAACAACGAAGGUGUGGGGGACGUUCAAGUUUCUGGUCGUUGCUCAUUCGAGCGUUUGGGGAGAAUAGUCCCACUGCUCAACGAGGCUCAAAAAGAAAUGGUGAGAAAUGGCGGUUUCUCAACAUUUUUAAGGGAGGAUGCCCCGUACAUAGACGCUAAGAUAGUUAGUUGGCUGAUCGAUCACGUGGAUCCAACCACUUCUCGGCUGGAGAUAUUUGGAAGAACAAUCCAACUAUCCUCCAAGCUGUUUGAGGAUGUCAUGGGAAUCCGGGAUGGCGGAGAACCCGUGGCAACCGAAAGUGAGCGUGACCUGGUUGAGUUUGACGUCCUCUUCAAGGCCAAGGACUAUAGGUAUUCCCUGACUUUGCUGGAGAAUGAGCUCAGGGAAACCAGCGACAGUGACUACCUGUUUCUCAUUAAGUUUCUCCUUGUCUGUAUUGGAACUGUGUUGCUGCCGAAGAAUGGUACCGAGGUCAGCACUAGCUACAUGCAUUCUUUAGUUGACAUAAGGUCAAUUAAGAAGAAGAAUUGGGCGACUGCCGGAUAUCGAUAUCUAAUGAGCUCUCUACACCGGUACAAGACGAAGAACACCAAAAAUGUCUCCGGUUGCACGAUAUUUUUACAGCUUGUAUAUUUGACGCACGUAGACUGGACUGCUACUCACGUGGACCGAACUGUGGCUCCAAUUGACUUUUGGACCACAAAACACUGCAAGUUAGUGUACAAGUGGAUUCGAGACCAGGGUGGUCACACAAGUGGAAAGGUGAAGUUGACUAACACGUAUGUGUUACUGCCAAGUUUUGAAUCCGCUGCAGUUGGGCAACCCACAAAUGACGCAAUAUACAAAGCUGUGUGUGAGUUGAAAGAUGAGGUCUUCCGGCUUGAUUUGAAGGUGAGCAGCGCAAAAGAGUACAUUGCGAAGGUACUCUCCACUUACCUUGGGAAGGGGACUAUGAAAGAAGUGUUGGAGAUACCUGAGACGAGCAAAGUUCAGCGCUCGCUGUCGUUCAACGGGGAGACCGAGAAGAAGGAUGACGUGGGUGUCGAGGAAAAGGAUGGUGAAGGGACGAAGGAUGACGUGGGUGUCGAGGAAAAGGAUGGUGAAGGGACGAAGGAUGACGUGGGUGUCGAGGAAAAGGAUGGUGAAGGGACGAAGGAUAAUGUGGGUGUCGAGGAAAAGGAUGGUGAAGGGACGAAGGAUCAAUUGGAAGAGGAUGUUGAUGAUGUAGAGAGUGUCCCUUCACUUAAUCUAUCAGAAGAGAAGGUCGUUGUUCCAACUAAGGUGGUUGUUUCUGAUGAUUCGUUUGAGGUUAUGAACUUUUGGGGAGAAGAUCUCCCCGCUAUUGUAAAAGAGGAAGUUGAGCAGACAGUGAAGGAUGAUUUUGAUGAUGUUGCGUUCGAAAGAUUCAAAGAAUCUGGAGGGAAGGUGAUUGGUCCGUUCACUGUGAAGAAGGGUUACUCAAAUCAACAGUACGAGUUGUUCUGUUACAUUUUCUCUAGCGCCAAUGAUCCGAGUGAAGUGUUAGCCCAUUUUGGGAAGGUUGAGGUCGAGCGGAUGUAUUUCAAAUGCAUGAAACCGGAGACCGAUAUAUCAAACAGUGUCAUUGAUUGCUUUGCUCAAAUCAUGAAUUUUCGAGAGAAGAAGCGCAACGGCAUUGGAAGUAAGAGAACUUGGUUUAUGCCCACCAGAAUUUCGAGCAAGUUACUUGGAAGAACGAUGACUGUGGAGAGGAUGGCGAAGGAGCAAGAGUGGUCCACUCUUUAUUACGAUGCAGAUUUGAGUUUAUGUCACACUAGAUGGUAUGCACGUGUGUACACGGUUUGCCGUUUUAUUAGUGUAAUUGCACUAAUCUCAACUGUGAUUGUUUUAAUUUUUUUGCAGCUCCAGACUUUGGACCAAUUGUUUGCCCCUGUCAAGCCAGGAGACCUGAAUUUCAGCGAGUUUGUAAUUAUUUCUUCAAGCAAGGACUACCCACAACAACAAAAUGGCCACGAUUGUGGAAUGUUUGUAAUGAAGUACAUGGAAUCACUGUUCGAGGAAAAUGAAAUAUUGGAAGAGUUUGAUCCUAUUGAAGCCAGACUGGAUUGUGUUGGGAAAAUUGUCACCCACGAGAGUAACAAGGCUAAACAUGCUGUGAUGGAGGGAGUUAAGAAGCAAUUUGGAUUGAGCAAAACCAAAGUUCUUCCAUCAACAUCUACAACUAUACCAUUACGUAGUCCAUCAAGGUCUCCUCGAGACUCCCGAUUCAGCACAGCGAAGGCCAGGUCCGAAAACAUGUGGACUGGCAAGAGCAAGUCCCCGAAAACACGUCAUUCUAAAAGGCUGGCCAUAAGUAACAAGUAGUAUAUUACAAUGGUUACAAAAGUUACUUUAUUUAUAUAUUUACUAUGUUCAGUACAAUGGUUACAAAAGUUAGGUUUUAGGUCGUAAAUUAUAUUUAGUCAGUCAUGUUAUAUACUUGCAUCAUACUACUGUUAGGUGAUUUGGAAUUGCACUAAUGUUGGUGAUUUUAUAAUUUACUAUAGGGUAAGACUUGUGGUAGUUUUUAGAAUUUGGUGGAACUGAUUAUUAUUAUUGUAUGGUCAUUAUUACUAUUAUUGUGAAUAUUAUUUCGGUUGUUAUACUUUGCCAUUACUAUUAGGUUUUGGAUUUUUUUUUUACCAUAACAAUAUGUGAAGUACAUUAUUCUGAAAAUGAAACUAACCAAUUUUACA